GGAAACACGUAUUCUGCGAAAAACCACUUGCACCAACGUUGGAGUCAGUCAAGGCGUGCUAUGCGGAGGCAAAACGCCAACAGAAAGUCCUGUUUUGUGCUGUAAACAGACGAUUUGAUCCUCAGUUGCGUCAAAUCCAUGACGAUUUAAUUGUCGGAAAGUUCGGAAAGCCUCGGGUCAUUAAGAUGACGUCACAUGACCUAGGCCAGUCAAUGGAAUACUUCAAGUAUAGUACCGGAGGAAUCUUCCUUGAUAUGGGUAUCCAUGACAUAGACUACGUGUGCUGGCUGGCAGGCGAGAAACCCAAUUCUGUGAAUGCAACGGCUGUUAGAUCAUCCGAUAACGCCGAAGCCUACAAGAGCAUGGGUGAAUACGAUUCGGCGUCCGCCAUUCUGACGUUUCCAAGCGGUGUGAUGGGUCAGCUUGAUAUGUCACGUGAGAGUGGAUACGGUUAUAGUCAGACGGUAGAGGUUCUGGGUACUAAAAUGUUUGCAAAGAGUAAAAACAUGAUGGCUUCAGAGGUGGAAUGUUCUUGUGCCGAAAAUGGUACAAAUGUUGGAAAAAUGACUGACUCAUUCAUCACACGAUAUCUCAAGAGCUUCGAAAUAGAGAUGAAUCAUUUCUUGGAUGUUGUGGAGGGUAAGUAA